AUGAAAUCAUCAGCGUCAUCUUUAGGAUUCAAGACCGUCUCUAAUGUGUUCUUGAACUUCGACUUGAAUGAAUUCGAUCUUCUAUCAAUAUUCAAGAAAAAUAGGAGGCUUGAAGCUAAUGCCAAUGGUAGUGGAAAGAAAAUCAUGACAGAUUUUGACGAGACUGCCAUUAACAUGGAAAAAGAAGAAAACAUGGAGAAAGAGAGUACUCUAGCACAAUAUCUUCAGAUCAUGAUCAUUGAUUUUAUUAAUCCAGUGGUCCAGAAUUAUGCUUACGGGUACACAAUAGAUGUUAGAAACAAAAUAAUCUAG